AUGGAGGAGAGCAACCCGAGCAAGAAGCCUAAGCGCGACGAGAGCGGCGGAGGUAGCUCGACGAUCAAAGGCGUGGUCGUCAUGGUGAGGAAGAACACGUUGGGGGUGAGAGACGCGGUAUCUUCCGUCGUCGAUCGAUUCGACGAGAUUUUUGGGAGGAAGAUUGCGCUUCAGCUGAUUAGCAGCAGCAGAAGCGGCGGCGGAGUUGGUCAGGAUACUGGUGAAAGUUACAAAGGGAAACGUGGGAAGAAAGCAUACCUGGAAGGGUGGACAAAAAAGGUCACUCCAUUGAAGACAGAUGAUACAGAAUAUGACAUCUCGUUCGAGUGGGAUGAGGAGAUGGGAUUUCCAGGGGCUUUUACUAUAACAAAUAAUCAUCACCAUGAAAUCUAUCUCAAGACACUGACGCUUGAGGAUGUUCCCGGUCAUGGCCGUGUCCAUUUCAUCUGCAAUUCUUGGAUUUACACUGCCGAACACUACAAGAAGGACCGCAUCUUCUUCGCCAAUCAGACAUAUCUUCCCAGUGAAACACCAGCAGAGCUACUCAGUUACAGACGAGAAGAGCUGGAGAAUCUGAGAGGAAGUGGGGAUGGAAAGCUUGAGGAGUGGGAUAGAGUCUACGAUUAUGAUAUCUAUAACGAUUUAGGCGAUCCAGACAAAGGUUCAGAGCAUGUGCGUCGCAUUCUUGGGGGAUCAUCUGAUUUUCCUUAUCCUCGAAGAGGAAGAACUGGCCGACCUCCAGCUUCAUCUGAUCCCAGCAAUGAAAGCAGGAUACCUCUGUAUGAUAGCUUGAGCAUCUAUGUUCCGAGAGACGAAAAGUUCAGUCAGUUGAAGAUGUCAGAUUUUGUGGCAUAUGGUCUUAAGUCUAUAUUUCAGUUCCUAGCCCCCGAAUUCGAGGCUCUAUUCGACAAAACUCCCAGCGAAUUUGACUCAUUUGAGGAUGUUUUGAAGCUCUAUGAAGGUGGCAUCGAUGUAUCGAACAAAUCAUUGUUACAGAAGAUCAGGGAGCACAUUCCCUUUGAGAUGAUAAAGGAGCUACUCCGAUCAGACGGUGAAGGGCCCUUCAAAUUUCCACUCCCACAGGUCAUCAAAGAGGACAAAUUUGCUUGGAGAACUGAUGAAGAAUUUGGAAGAGAAAUGCUGGCUGGAAUCAACCCUGUUGUAAUCCAUCGCCUCCGAGAGUUCCCUCCGACAAGCAAUCUAGAUCCGAAGUUAUACGGAAAUCAAUCCAGCACAAUCACCGAAGAGCAUAUAAUAAAUGGCCUAGAUGGUUUGACUGUCAAAGAGGCGAUCGAGAACAAUAAGCUGUACAUAUUAGAUCAUCACGACAACUGGAUGCCUUACUUGAGAAGGAUAAACACUACAGCAACAAAGACAUAUGCAACAAGAACCAUCCUCUUCUUGAAAGAAGACGGCACACUGAAGCCAUUGGUGAUUGAAUUAAGUUUACCUCAUGAAGAUGGAGACCAUCACGGAGCAGUAAGUUCUGUCUACACCCCAGCAGAUGACGGAGUCGAACAUACCCUUUGGCAGCUGGCAAAGGCAUAUGUUAAUGUCAAUGACUCGGGCUUCCAUCAGAUCGUUUGCCACUGGUUGAACACUCAUGCUUCGAUCGAGCCAUUCAUAAUCGCCACUAACCGCCAGCUGAGCGUACUUCACCCCAUACAUAAGUUAUUGCAGCCACAUUUCCGAGAUACAAUGAAUAUAAAUGCGCUGGGCCGGCAGACACUCAUAAAUGCCGGAGGAUUUCUUGAAAUCACCGUUUUCCCAGGCGAAUAUUCCAUGGAAAUGUCGUCUACGAUCUAUAGGAAUUGGGUUUUCCCCGACCAAGCACUCCCUGCAGAUCUCAUCAAGAGAGGGAUGGCAGCCGAAGACUCGAGUUCUCCACACGGCAUCCGUUUACUAAUCGAGGACUAUCCCUUCGCCGUCGACGGGCUAGAUGUCUGGGGAGCAAUCAAAGCAUGGGUUCACGACUACUGCACCAUUUACUACAAAAGCAACGAGACUGUACAGAAUGACACAGAGCUUCAAGAAUGGUGGACAGAGCUCCGAGAAAAGGGACACGCGGACAAGAAAGACGAGCCCUGGUGGCCAAGAAUGAUGACAAUAGAAGAUCUGGUACAAUCAUGCACCAUCAUCAUAUGGGUAGCAUCCGCCCUUCACGCUGCCGUCAAUUUCGGGCAGUACCCUUACGGAGGCUACCUCCCGAACCGCCCAUCGACCAGCCGAAGACUCAUUCCAGAGAAAGGCACUCCGGACUACGAAGAACUCGAAACGAACCCCGACAAAGCUUACCUGAAGACCAUCACUUCCCAGAUGCAGAGCAUCCUUGGCAUUUCCCUGGUCGAGAUAUUGUCCAGACAUUCCUCGGAUGAGAUUUUCCUCGGACAACGAGACUCGCCUGAAUGGACCGCUGACGAAGAGGCGCUCCAGGCGUUCAAGAAGUUCGGAAACAGUCUGUCGAAAAUAGAGACGAGAAUCGACAGUAGGAACAAAGAUGCAAGAUUGAAGAAUAGAUACGGGCCGGUUAAGAUGCCUUACACUCUGCUGUAUCCCGGCAGCGAUAUCGGACUUACAGGCAUGGGAAUUCCAAACAGCAUUUCAAUAUAGAGAUUCUCUAAGAGGACAGGACCGGAAUAUUUGAUCGUAUAUGUAUUCGCUUAUAUAUAGCCAUGCUACUUAUAUUUUGGUAAGCAAUAAACUUUGUAGAAUUCUCUUUCGAUUCAUAUGAAAAGCAAAGAAUUUUAAAUCAA